AGCACUGUCAACAACAUCACGUGACGAAGCUCAACUCUAAGUCUGUGAAGCUCAACAUCGCCAAGUUUUGAACUGGGGUGUAUAUAGAAACUUAACACGGUUAUGGCAGAUUCAUAUACACUUGGCAAGAGGGGAAAACUUACUUUUAAAGGAAAGAAAGACAAAAAACCCAAGAAAUCUAAGGGCAAAAAAAGAAAGCACGAGGAUGCCAGUUCAUCUGAAUCAACUACAGCAAUAUUUGACAGAGAAGACACCAAUAAUCAUGGUGGCUGGUGGGAAGUGAAAUCUUUUGACGACAUUACUGGAAAUAUUGCUGUGGAAGUAGGUGAUCAAAUGUACAUUGGCUCACUUGAUAAUGGCCUUCUUAUUGUUGGACCUCCUCAUCCUGAAGCGGAAGGUCCUGAUCCAUCAGAGAUCUUCACAGCUGUGAAACUGGGCGAUACUAAAGUUGCCUUUAAAUCAGGAUAUGGGAAAUACCUCAGUGUUGACCUUGAUCGCAGAGUGGUUGGGCGAUCAGAAGCGAUUGGCGUCAGGGAGCAGUUUGAACCAGUUUUUCAAGAUGGCAAGAUGGCACUAAGUGGCUGCAACAACUGUUUUGUGUCCUAUGACAGUGAUGGGGAUAUUGUUUGCCAGUCAUCUAAAGCAGGGCCGAAGGAGAUGAUAAAGCUGCGAUCGUGUGCUGCAAGAGAAGGAGACCCACUGGAAGAUGUGCCUAAGGAAGAGCGUGGGACACUAAAGGAUGCAGAAUUAAAUUAUGUGAAGAAAUUUCAGAGUUUCCAAGACAGAAGAAUUCGUAUCAGCAAAGAAGAUGCAUCUGAACUGAAAAAAGCAAAGAAGGAAGGGUCUCUUCAUGAGAAGUUGCUGGAUCGGCGAGAAAAAAUGAAGUCAGACAGAUACUGUAAAUAGUUAACAAAAUGAUCACCUUGGAGGAUCAUUUUUUUAAGGUCUUAAGGAAUAACAACUGGACACAAACAGCAGCUGAAAAGGCUUGCCACUCAGCUCACCUUGAGCAGGUCCUGCUCUCUCAUCCACUACCCAGUAUUUUAGUAUACAGUCCAUUGGUCUGGUACACCAGUGCUUUCUGUACAUUGCCACUGAUGUCUUCCAUUCCUGAAGUCUUAUUGCAAUUUGUCUUUAUGAUGCUGUUGAGUAGUUGGUAGGCCUUUUUGCUUAUCUGAUGCCAUUACCUCCUCUAUGCUCUAUGGUCUGGCAAUGGUCCUCCAGAUAUUUAACCAUGUAUACAAAACCUUUAUAUUCAAAGGGCCAAUUCAACAACCUGCAGCUUUUUUAAAAAAGCAAUUACAAAGAUGUAGCGUUAAAAUAUGCAGAAAUCCUAAGUAAGGGCAAUGUUGUCAAUAAACAGGAGUGUUCAUACUGUGGCAGGAAAAUAUGAACACUGAGGAAUGAAGGAUGCAUUCUCAGGACAGCGUGUUACCAGGUCCACAUGCUGGUACAGUAAAUGUGUUCUAAAACAAAUCUGCACCUCAAAUACACAUUAAACUGUCAUACGAAAAA